GGCAGCACUGCUCACACUGCACCCUGCACUCUGUUCUGCCCCUGUGCACCUGCUCCUCUCUCUGGUCUCAAUGCCUCCUCGUCUGGUCCUGCUCUGCCUGUUCCUCUCACCUGCGGUGCAGUGCACCCUCCUGGCUCCUCUCAAUGUCACCAUCGUCUCCUUCAACCUCGAGCACAUUCUACACUGGCUCCCAGCGCCAGGAACGCCUGUCACAACACAUUUCAGAGUCCACUUCUUGCACCUGAGUGAAGUGUCAUGGAAGCCCGUGCCCUGGUGUUUGAAGGUAGAUAUGCAGACCUUGUCAUGUGACGUGACGGACUCAUUCUCCCAGCCCUCCAGCUUCUACAUGGCACGUGUGCAGGCCUUCGGCUCAGCUCAGAGGUCCAACUGGACCCUGUCAACCUCGUUCAUCCCCAUAAUGGACACUGUCCUGGGACCCCCCCAGGUGUUAGUGACAGGUUGUGGGAACUGCCUGCGCCUGCAGAUCACGCCCCCCACAGGCAGGGGGCCCCAUAAGCUGCUGUCUCACCGUCUACUCUCCGAGUUCACUUGCUGGGUGCGCAGGAGUGGGGACAACACCCAGUUCAGCCUGAGAGUCUCCUCUUCAAAGGAGUUUCUGGUGGAGCACCUGGAGCCAGGCGUGGAGUACUGCAUCACCGCUGCCGUGACGGUGAACUUCAACACCCGUGCCCUGCCCUCUCAGCCACAGUGUGCCUACACCAGCCCCCCGCCAUUCAACACAGUCUAUGCCCUGCUGACUGCACUGUCUGUGGCUUGCCUCCUGGGGGUGCUGUUCUGCGGCUUCUUCCUCUCCAGCAGGAGUGCAAAAACACUGCCUGAGAUACUGCUAUCCAUACCCUCCUUAGUCCAGAACCUUCGUACAGCUGCCCCAGAGCCCUUCUCCCUGGCCACCAUCCUCCCACUGGAGGCCCCAAACUUCCCCUCCCCCUGGGCCCCGCUGGGCCCCAACGCAGAUCAGGAGGAAGAGGAGGAGGAGGAGGAGGAAGAAGGUUAUGGACGUAUGGACUGGGAGGCCACCUGAUGCUCUGCUGCACCCACAAUGCUCCCUAGAAGAGCUGUGGCUUAGAGUAGGAUGGCAAUCCCUGCUAGUUAGGAACUACUUUGCCGUUGCAUGUUAUUUUGUUGUUUUCCCUGACUCUUUGUGUACUUUUCACGUUUUUUCUCAUGCAAGGAAUCUUCUCCCAGUCAGCUACAUAGUGUGCUUUUUUUUUUUCAUUAAAAAUUAUUGCAUUGUUUCUAUACUAUACAGCACCUCUGUAAAUACAAUAUUUUAGAAUGUCUUUUAGAAGCAGAUUUGUCUUCAAGUGUGCUGCAAUGAAAAAUUUUAAAUAUAUAUUUUAACUUGCA